AUGGCUAGGUUUCUACUGACACUCUUCCGCGCGUGCUUGAACACCUUUAUCCAUUCCUCCGGGGAUGAUCCGCUGCUGUUGCGGGCUCAUGACCUGUUGCACCCGGAACCGGCCCAAACCCAUAAUGUGAUGGUGCUUAUCCCCAUUGUGGGGGGCAUCAUUGUGGACAUACUCAUCCGAUACGUGAUUGGGCAGGUGGUGAUGAGUCUGCUGAUCCUGGAGACCUGCGAGCCUCAGGCCCGCCACUGGUCGGUCAGCGGGGGCAGAAAGGGAAAGGCUGCGAGCCGGCGGCUGCUGGCCUCGCUUUCCUUCCUUUAUCACCGCGGCGGCAUCGCGCUGCUCUUCAAUGGCUUCGGCGCGGCCUGUACCUACUGGGCCACUCACUCUUCUCUGACCAAGCUGUUGUCCUCUUUGGUUCUGCGCCCCCGACUCCUUCGCCCGCUGGCGUAUCCCAUCGCUUCGAUCCUGCUCGCCGAGAACCAUCUCUCCUGGACCGCCCGCACGAUUCUCCCCCGCGACCAAGUCCGCUAUGUGCCCAGUGGCCGCGACCGUCGACGAUGGGCGGCUCUGGCUCUUCCGACCUUGAUUCAUGCCGCGGCGGAGAGCAUCCUGAGUCACCUACCUGCUCUCGUCGAGGAGCUUAGCGGUGCGCCCCCAGAGAGCGUGAACGAGGCGACGCACCGAACCGUCAUCAGGUCCGAUAUCAUCGUAUGUGUUUUGAUGUUGGCACUCCACCUGCUGCUUCUUCUGCCCUCUCGGAUUGCCUUGAUAUCCGUCGAGGCCAGCCUUCUGCCCCGGACCUGCGAGACGCUGGUGUUGUCGCCGACAAGACAGCGAGGCACCCGGGUCCGAGAGAUCUUUCCCACGGUCGAGCUACCCCUCCGGACCCGCAAAGCAUUGCAGAUGGUAGGUGUGGCAAGAUUGAUGUGGUGCCUUGCACUCCACGGGAAGAUGUGCUUAUGGUUGUUGGGGGUGACGGCGCUGGUGCAUGCGGCCGUUUACUGCCUGUAG